AUGAUUAGAAGUAAUUUUGGAUCAUUUACAGUAAGCGGCAGAUUGCAGUUUGCCAAAAAAGAAGUUGCAAGGCGAAAGAGAUUUAAAAUGGAAUCUGAACAGAUAGAUAAAAAAGAAGAAAAAUAUCUCGAUGAGUCAUCAUUUGCAGCAGUUCGUAUUAGUGGCGCACCAUUUGUAUACCGUCCAUCAGAGCUCCUGAUUAAUGGACCACCACUUCCAAAGCCUGAAGAUCUGUCUCGAAUGGGAUAUUUGCAGCAUAUGGCACAGACCAAUGCGGAAGGAUGUCCCGAUCGUUCUACACCAGAAACAUGCUGCAUGCGUGCUUUAUUUGACUCUCGAAUUGAUUUGUUUUUACUUUAA